CAGGGAGCAUGGGCAGCAGGGUCACCCCAGCGCCAUGCUUCAUAAAGGGCGCCGUUACAAUAGGUUUACUGUUACUCUUGACGACUGCCGGGACACAAUGGCAGUGAAUGUGUUGGUCUGAUGCUUCUCUGUUUCUCGCUCCAUUUUUCACUUGAUGACAAGGUUGUCAGACGGAGACAGGACAGCAUGGUAUCAGAGGAAGCCCCUGAAGCAGUAACUCCACGGACUAAUGGGGAUUUCUCUGCUGAUCCUGAUUCUGCACUACUGGAUCAACACCGCGGCAGGACUGUGUUCAGAUGGCGGCGCUGUGACUUGUGACCAGUGUCUGCAGCUCAGUGCUGACUGUGCGUGGUGCUCACAGGAGAACUUCACAGAGUGGUACUCGGUCAGUGAGAGAUGUGACACACUGGAUGCCUUGGUGGUGAAGGGAUGUGCCCAGAGUCACCUGGUGUUCCCUGUCUCUGAAGCCCAAGUCCUUCACAACCGCCCACAGGGCGAGGAAGAAGAGGACGCCGCUAACAGCACCCAGAUCUCACCGCAGAAAAUGUCCCUCAAACUGCGCCCUGGCAGUCAAUUGACCUUCCAGGUCAAGAUUAAGCAGACGGAGGACUACCCCGUGGACAUGUACUAUCUGAUGGACCUGUCCGCUUCCAUGAUCGAUGAUCUGGAGCAGAUCAAGGACUUGGGCUCCUCUCUGUCCAGAGAAAUGGCCAUUCUUACCAGUAAAUUUCGCAUGGGCUUUGGUUCUUUUGUGGAGAAACCUACCCUGCCUUUUAUCAAGAUCACAGAGGAGCAGCUGGCUAACCCCUGCAGUAGUGUCGCAACGACCUGCUUGCCAACAUUUGGCUACAAGCACAUCUUGUCUCUGACGAGCAGCACGGACAAGUUCAACGAGAUAAUCGCAUCACAGCGCGUUUCUGCCAAUGUCGACCUGCUGGAGGCCGGCUUCGAUGCCAUCAUGCAGGCAGCUGUUUGUGGGGACAAGAUCGGCUGGAGGAGUGAUUCCAUGAGGCUCCUGGUGUUUGUCAGUGACGCUGAUUCACACUUUGGGAUGGACAGCAAAUUGGCCGGAAUCGUGAUUCCUAACGACAUGCAGUGUCACCUAGACGUCAACAAUGAGUACUCCAUGUCCACAGUACAGGAGUAUCCAACUCUGGGUCAGCUGAUCGAUAAAGUGGUGGAGAACAACAUCUUACUGAUAUUUGCCGUGACACAAGAGCAGAUACACAACUACAAGAACUACGCAAAUCUCAUCCCUGGUGCCACGGUCGGAGUCCUGGCCAAAGAUUCCAGGAACAUCCUGGAACUGAUUGUUACUGCCUAUAAAGAACUGCGCUCAGAGAUUGAACUUGAGGUUCUAGGAGACACCGACGAUCUGCAGAUGUCCUUUACAGCCAUUUGUCCGAACGGUACAGUUCUCCCCGGCCUGAAACGCUGCUCCAGCAUCAAACCAGGAGAGACGGUCGUCUUCAACGUGACCGUUGAGCUCCCAGGGUGCCUUUCAGGAGUCCGUCAGUUCUCCUUCAAACCUGUGGGUUUACAGGACAGUUUGGAAGUGGAGCUGGAGUCUCUGUGUUCGUGUGACUGUCAACAUCUCCCUGAAGGGAACAGCAGCAGCAACAGCAGCAGCAGCAGCAGCAGCAGCCAGUGCUCUGAAGAGCGAGGAGAUUUCCACUGUGGCAUAUGUGUGUGUCACCCAGGCUUCCUCGGAUCACAGUGCGAGUGCAAUGAAGAGACUGCUUUGUUGAGCAACUGCCUGGCAAACAAUGCGUCAGAGAUGUGCAGUGGCCAGGGCCAGUGCUACUGCGGCCAGUGUGUGUGUGACUCGUCCAACUUUGGCCGCAUCUACGGCCGUCACUGUGAGUGUGACAACUACUCCUGUGUCCGUUUCCGUGGAGAGCUGUGUGGAGGUCAUGGUGUGUGCGACUGUGGGGAGUGUCAGUGUGACACGGGCUGGACGGGAGAGUACUGUAACUGCAGCAGCAGCACUGACGCCUGCGUGUCGGAGGACGGCGCUGUCUGCAGCGGCAGAGGCCGAUGCGAGUGCGGCCGCUGUGUCUGCUCCGUCCCCGGAGCUUCUGGGGAAACGUGUGACAAGUGUCCGACGUGUGGAGACGCCUGCAACUCUGCAAGGGGCUGCGUGGAGUGCCAUCUACAGGACAAAGACGACACUGACUCCUGUAAUCAGAACUGCAGUGUUCCUAAAGUUUACAUCAACACAACAGGAGAUUAUGAUAGCAGCUCUUUGCCCUGCACACUGAUGACAGAGAACGAGUGCUGGAUCUCUUUUAAUGCGGUGGCGAGUGAGACAGGAACUGUGGUCUACAAUCUGGAUAUGUACGGUUGUCCAGAACCUCCCAACAUCCCUAUGAUUAUUUUGGGCGUCUCCCUUUCUGUGGUUUGCAUUGGCCUGAUCCUGCUGAGUGUGUGGAAGGUGCUGGUGUCAGUACACGAUGGUAAAGAAGUGGCCAAGUUUGAGGCAGAGCGGGCAAAGGCCAAAUGGCAGACGGGAACCAACCCCUUGUUCAGAAGCUCAACGUCUACGUUCAGAAAUAUCACUUACAAGAACACACAGAAAGAGAAGUUUAUUACGACGGAUACCUGCUGAGCAUGGACUGGAGUCAACUGAGUGCACUUAGGUGUGUGUGUGUGUGUGUUUGUGUGUGUGUUUCAUUCACCUGUUCAGAUAUGUUGUGUGUGAGAGGACAGUUGUGGUUGAAAACCAACACUGACAGUCACUUUUGAAUUUACUUAUUCAAGUUUCCGUGUCUGCCCAGUAACUGCUGGCCCGCCGGCGCCCCUAGAGGUCACAUUUCUUUACACUGCUAACGCUGCAUAUUCAUUUGGUUAUGGAGUUUCAUUAAAAAAAAAAAAAACAGAACUGAGGCAAAUUUUCUAAGCAAGUCAUCCAUCAUCCUAAAUCAUACCUACUGUAGGUUCAAAAUAAUUUGAUCCCUUUUGAGCUGUAACAUGUUUUCAAAUAUUCAAAUUCUCCUAGAUUGAAAAGCAGAAACGUUAGUGAAUAAAACCCAAACCAUUCAUGAAAAACACCCUCCACUACUAUGCACACUUGAAAACACGGCCCAACAUCGAGUUGAUAAAUAGUUGGAAAUAAGUGUUCUAUCUGUUACAUGAGAAAAGCCGCUGCGUUCAUUGAAUCAUUUCAAAUCUAUAUUUAACUCCUGAUUACAUUUCAAUUUUAUUCCCAAACAAAAUGCUAGAAAUUGUAAGUCAAGCUGUUUAAUUUUUGUAGCAAAAAUGUCAGAAAAUGUUCUGAAAUAUUGCACUUUCUUGCACUUGAAUGUUAGAAUGGCCCUGAGAUGUCAACAUUCAGUUUAGGUUUGAGACUCUUGGUCUGAAGAGUGAAAGUUCAGACACUGGGACUUAGAUAAUGUAAAUAUGGAAGAGGUCCUCACAACAUUGAUGUCGAAAUAUAGGUGUGAAAGAGAGUGUGACCUCAUGUAUUAAUGUUAUUGAUGUGAUAUCACAGUCGGAAACACUGUGACCACUACGAGAUGAACACUACGAGAUGCUGCUGCUGUAAAAGUACACUGUCAUUCACUGCGCUUCCCUGAGUCGUAAUCCUGCAAAUGUACAACACAACUGUCUGUCUACUACUGUAACCUGCAGCAUGGAGAUGUCAACACUACUGAGAAAAAAAAGUGCCCUUUAACAUUUAAAAGCCUUUUAACAUUAAUGAGUGUAAAUAUGAACUGAUUAUUUUUGGUUAUAUUAUUUUGCUGUUUGUAAGGCUGAGCCUGAAAUGUUGAUCGUUUUUUUUAUGACUAGGUACACAAAUAAAACUUUUGCGUUUUAUUGUCAAAUUUUUAAUCCUAA